CGCCUAGCGUGCUAAAAUAGCAACCAAAUCAGCUAGAGACAGUACGCUUAGCUAGCUCAGAUAUAAAUUAGACAAAGAAACCUUGUGAAGAGUCUCACUGAAAAAGAGUCCAAAGUAACGGAUGGUGACAGGAGCGCCCGUGACACUAAGCGACGUACCUUACUCGAUACAUACGGAAGUAUGAAAUUGAAAGGCUGAAACAUGAAGAUAGGACCAUGAAGUAUCCUGUGAAAAACUAGACGUGGACCACCUUUUAUUUACUUAAAACUGCUCAGAGUGCUUUAGAGAAACGAGUGCUACCUCCAAAGUGGUGAUGUCACGGGUCCCCACCCCCCCUCCUCCUGGGGAGAUGUCAAGUGGACCUGUGGCAGAAAGCUGGUGUUACACACAGGUCAAGGUUGUCAAAUUUUCCUACAUGUGGACCAUAAACAACUUUAGCUUUUGCAGAGAAGAAAUGGGGGAGGUGCUGAAGAGUUCAACCUUCUCCUCGGGCCCUAACGACAAGAUGAAGUGGUGUCUGCGAGUCAAUCCAAAGGGACUCGAUGAUGAAAGCAAAGAUUAUCUGUCAUUGUAUUUACUUCUCGUUAGUUGUCCAAAAAGUGAAGUCAGAGCAAAGUUUAAGUUUUCUUUGCUGAAUGCUAAACGAGAGGAGACAAAAGCGAUGGAAAGCCAAAGAGCCUACAGGUUUGUCCAAGGCAAAGACUGGGGCUUUAAAAAGUUCAUCAGGAGAGAUUUCCUCCUCGAUGAAGCCAACGGACUUCUGCCUGAUGACAAACUUACGCUUUUCUGUGAGGUCAGCGUUGUCCAGGACUCUGUGAACGUUUCUGGUCAUUCCAACAUGAACAUGCUGAAGGUACCUGAGUGUCAGCUGUCUGAUGACUUGGGUAACCUUUGGGAGUGUUCACGCUUCACCGACUGCAGCCUCUACGUGGGAGGCCAGGAGUUCAAAGCCCACAAAUCCAUCCUGGCAGCAAGGUCGCCUGUCUUCAACGCGAUGUUUGAGCAUGAGAUGGAAGAGAGUAAAAAGAACCGUGUCGAUAUAAGCGACGUGGACCCUGACGUCUUCAAGGAAAUGAUGGGCUUCAUCUACACAGGGAAGGCCCCAAACCUGGAGAAGAUGGCAGACAACCUGCUGGCAGCUGCAGACAAAUACGCUCUGGAGCGUCUAAAAGUCAUGUGUGAAGAGGCCCUGUGCAACAGCCUCUCGGUGGAGAAUGUGGCCGACAACCUCAUCCUCGCAGACUUGCACAGUGCCGAGCAGCUCAAAGCACAAGCCAUAGAUUUUAUCAACAGGUGCAGUGUCCUCAGACAGCUGGGCUGUAAAGAUGGAAAGAACUGGAAUAGCAACCACGCUACAGACAUAAUGGAGACCGCCGGCUGGAAGUCAAUGAUCCAGUCACACCCUCACUUGGUGGCCGAGGCCUUCCGUGCCCUGGCCUCGGCGCAGUGCCCGCCCUUCGGUCCUCCCCGGAAGCGUCUAAAACAGUCGUGACGGACCGGGACUCCCUGGCUCUGCAGAAGAAAAGACUAGUUAGGAUGCCACUCUCUCUCUUUUUUUUUUUUUUUUUUUUUUUUUUUUUUAAUUCCACCAAAACUGAACACACUUGAAUGGAGAAGAGUGGCCUUUUCUCACCAUGGAUGUGGGGGAGGCUGGCACAAUGGACUUGGGGGACGGGGGUCUGAAGAAAAGAAAAAAAAGAGACUGUCUCGUCUUGUUUUACUGCCCUGAAUGACUUGUGUUCAGGGUGGGUAGCAAGUCAAGCUGUCUGACACUGUGUUUUUUUUUUUCUUUUCCUGUAAUUCUUCAAAAUGGCCUUAAUAUAUCUGCCAUUACUCUGGAGUUGCUUCGGAGUUCAUUUUGUCUAUUUUACUCUGUGCCUGCCUUGUCACAAAGACCAGGCCUUCCUCCAGGUUGCACUAGUUCCCGUCAAUAGUUGUUUUCAUAUAGCGUUCGAUAGGAACGUAACAAAAGGUUGAACUAAAUGGGAAAUAUUAUAUAUUUGUAAUGUUUAGCCCGUUUUGUGACCAGACAUUAAAGAGCAUGAACACUUUCAGUGCAAGGUCAGUUCUUAACACUUUUUAAAAGAUGUGUAUGCCCCAUAUUGAUGGCACCAUUUCUAUGUAAAUGACAGCUGGAAGCAUCUUCAGAAGACCAUUGUAUGGGGUCUGUUGUGUUGCGUCUGUGUGGGGACUAUAAAACAUGUAUGUAUUGACAUGUAUUUAACCAGGCUCCACUCUAAACGACAUAUUCCGCUCAUGUCUGUGAACCAGCUUCAAUUCAAUUGGAACAACACGACUUUAGUAUUGCCAACUUGCAAAUAUGUAUUCUCAUGAUAUUGUGGUUUAGUCAAAAGUGGAAAGACUAAUGCAUGGUCAUGUUAUUGUUGAGGAAAGUGUCUAAGAACGUUUUUUUUUUUUUUUUUUAAAUUGUUUUCUGACAUUGGUGCAGAAUUAAAAGAAUUGACUAUGUACAAAACAAACCGGUCGUCUUAACAUGCUUGGAAGACGUGCAGGAUGCUGCGCAUCACUUCUGCCGGCAAUGUCAUUGUUCAGAAUGAGAGCUUGUCCUUUUUGGUUGGGCGCAUCGUAGCGUGGACGUGACACAAACACCAGGGGUGUUUGUACAGUAAGUGGGCAGCAUCAUUCUGUGUCAUGUCAACACGUUGAAAUGUAUGUUGGGAAGCAGCGGAAUUGAAAUUGUCCGCAGGACUGGCUGCGUUAAGCAAUUAAAACAUUUUUCAACA